AUGCCAGCUACAUUAUCAAAUAAACCAGCAGUUAUGAAAAGAAAACCCAUGAAAGAAAUUUUGAACCUAGCAGAACCGUCAACAUCAACAGAUCAUUACUCUGAAUGCUCGGUACAUCAAUUACAUACAAAAAUGGAAGGAAAUACAUCUCACAAAGAAAAUCUUGAUCCAGUUACUCCAAUGCAAGAUCCUGUGAUAUCAACUAAUCCUGUAGUUAUAAAGAAAAGGGCUGAAACGUUUUUAGGAGGAGCAUUGGCAGACAAGAAAAAGACAAAGGGUCAUUACUCUGAACGUUCGGUACAUCGAUUAUACACAAAAAUGGAAGGAAAUACUUCUCACAAAGAAAAUCUUGAUCCCGUUACUCCAAUGCAAGAUUCUGUGAUAUCAACUAAUCCUGUAGUUAUAAAGAAAAGGGCUGAAAUGUUUUUAGGUUUGAUUUAUUUUGAUUGA